CUAUAAGCAGAAUUAUUUUGCAAGUCAAACCAAUAACAACAACGGAGAUCAAACAUAAGAGAAGAAAAACAAAACAAUAAGCAACAAUGAUUCCAAAGGAUUUCUACUUCAUACUUCCUAUAAUGCUAAGCAUUCUGAUGAUUAGUUUCGUUAGUAAGACUAAAGCUUUCCCUGCCUACAGCGAUGAUAUCGAUGACUUCGUCUCAACACAACCAUUGGAUUCAGUUAAUCCUCCUGCUGAUGACAACUACUAUUUAUCGUCUAGAUCGUCGUCGUUCGAUCCAUUGCCCAGACAACAAAGAGAUAGUUUAUUAAAUCGUUUAAAUCGUGGAUAUUAUUACAUAGAUAACGGUGUUAUUACACCAGUAUCGGGAGCUCGUCGUCAAGACAAUGACGAGUCUGGCAAUGUGAAAUUUACACCUCCUCUCGAGCGUUACAAACGAACGGAAACUAAACGCAAGAAAUUAUUUGUGCCAAAUUUAUUUGGUUAAAAUUAACUGCCUGCGGAAAGUAAACACAAUUUU